AUGACCAUAACCCAACUCCUUACCCUCGAACUUCUCUCCCCACACUCCUCCACCUCCACCUCCCUCACCUCCCCACCCCUAAAUCACCUCCUCACAUCCCUCUGCGCUCGGCAACCCGUACACUCCGCUUACCCCGUCACCCUCUAUACAGACCUCCACUCAGCAAGCAUAUUUUACCUCUUGUCAGGCUGGAGAGAUCAAAGCGCGAUUUUGAGUUGGACAAAGGAAUGGGAAGAUGCAGAUUCUACGUCGUGCAGGGAGGUCUGUAAGAAACUGAGGGAGUAUGUGAAAGUCCGAGAAAGCGUGUUUUUGGACAUGGAUUUCGAUAGGAUUCCGAGGGGUGCGAAAGGCAGCGGGAGGGUGCUGUGUGUUGUGAGGAAUUCAAUUGGCGGGGAUAACGGCGACGAUAAUCAUGGUGGAGACGGAAAUACAAAUAAUGAUAAUGAUGGGGAAGAAGGUGUCGAUUGUGAAGGAAUUCAGAUAGGUCAUGGUGACCUUGAGGUUUCGGGCACCGCGGGUACAUUCACAGAGGACGAAUCGAGCUGCCGUUCAGAAUUCUCAUCGGAAGAGGACGAUCCUGGGUCGGACACUGAACCAUGUCGAAUCGAAUGGAUUGGCGGUGGACAUACUCUUCGAGUUUUAGAGCAACCAAACGACGACAACCGGGCGAGACCAGGAAAAAAUUUCCAUUCGUUCCUUAUGUACAGUGACGGUACUUCUGAGCGUGUUUUACGGAGAGUACUAGGAUGUCGAACGUGUUCAAGGGAUUUCACCGCGAUGAGAAGGAUUUCAAUACCAAGACCGGUUAUGGCCUCAGCUGCUCUCGUAUACACUGGUCCGAGCAGGUGA